AUGACCGUAAAGGACGAACAGUUAUGUCAGUUGAGGUGCUUUGUUGAGGAAACCUGCAAAUCCUACAAUCUUGGUCCGCCUGAGAGUGGAGGAGAAGGAAAACGAGUCUGUGAACUGAGCAGCUCCCACCAUGUUCUGCACCCGGAUUACCUUGUGUCAAAAUCUGGAUUUAUCUACCGUCCAUCAGUGAACACCUUUUACCAUUCUGAACCUGUUGUAGUUUCAGACGUGGAUGAAUGUGCAGUUGACACUCAUGACUGUGCUGCUGAUACAGAUUGUAUCAACACCGAGGGCUCAUUCCUAUGUUCGUGUCGAGUGGGAUAUGUUGGAGAUGGAAAAUCAUGCCAAGUUUUUGAUUCUUUUUCAGGUUUUCCUUUCCGUUUAAGGCUCGAUGGUACUAAAGAACCUCUCAGCUUAAGUGGAGCGGCCAGGUUCACUGUAGCAGAGGGUAAUAUCACAGCACUGUACCUGGAUGGCAGUCCACUGACCUAUGCUGUAACGCCAGCCAUUCCAAUCCUUAUCACAGGUUUCACCAUUUCUGUGUGGAUCAAGCUGCUUAAGUAUCCCAAGAGCUUUCAACCUAUCUACGGUGACUGGUCGUCGAAUGCAUCAUUUGCCUUGUCUGUUAAUGAAGAUGGUAGACUAUGUACAGAGGCAAAAAGACCAGCUCCUGCUACGGACAAUGUCUUCUCUACAUGUGGAAACCUGCAUGUUAUUCCAUUAAACAAGUGGACUCAUGUGGGAAUGACUUGGAGGAAAAACCAACUUAAUGGUAAAUUGUUCUUAAAUGGAAAGGCUUUUCAGUACCAUGUCCGCGAAAAUCCACUUCUUGCCUUCAAGAAUUCAGGGCGUUUACUGCACGACAUUGGGUUCAGGGAGGACACUGGUGACACAAUACAAGCAUAUUUGAGUGAUUUUGUAAUCUUAAGUCGUGGAAAAAAUGAGAAAUAUUUUAAACAGGAACUCUUUGAAAACCACCCACUCAGCAAGUUUACCUAAGCCAAAGCCUUGGAAAUAUGAAUUGUUCAUGGACCUGAAAAAAAUCAAUCUCUGCUUUGUAGAUCACGUGUUGGAGCAUUUAAAUCAGAACUCGGAAAUACACGAGCCUGUUAUGACCCUCGGCUGAGUCUCCAAGAUGCAAUUUUUGGCCAA